GUUUUCCGAAUAAUUUCCGCCGAAGAGUUUCCAGCGGCCGGUGCCCGGUAAAACAGUUCGGGCCGGACAAAAAGUGGGGAGCGGAUAAAGGUCGGCACACGGUCGCCGUCCGUUCAGUCGUCGUUCGUACGAUGGAGAUCGACAAGAGAGUACGAUGCGGGGAGCACAUCCUCAGGUUCGAGGACGAGGCCGACCCCGGGGAAUGGUUCCUCGAGAAGUCAAGGAUCGAACUCAGAGAAACGCCUGAAAUCAGGGAAAAAGCCAUGGAGGAAUUUAGAAAAAAAAUCACCGAGAUGGACAACAUCGUAUUUCCAAUUGAUGAUGAAACCUCCGUUCUGUCAUUUCUAAGAGCUUGCAAAUUUUACCCUGACAGUGCCUUCGAUAAACUUAUCAAAUUUUUCAACUUUAGAGCAAAAAAUCCGAAAUACUGUGAAAACCUAUCCGCCGUGAAAGAUGUCAAUGUUUUUAAGCACAGCAUCUUCACGAUUAUGCCGUACAGAGACCAGCACGGAAGAAGGAUUCUUCUUGUUGAAAUAGGAAAGAAGUGGAACACAAAAGAAGUAUCGCUCGUCGAAAUAAUCCGAGGGGUCAUGCUUGUGGUCAGCGCAGCCCUAAUUGAGCCAAAAACACAGAUUGCAGGUGCCAAUGUCAUUAUCGAUUUAGAAGGCCUCUCACUAAGUCAUGUCUGGCAGUUCUCGCCUGGCUUUGCCAAAAUGUUGCUUGAAUGGGUCCAGGAAGCCCUUCCUUGCAGAAUUAAAUCAGUGCACAUAGUUAACCAGCCUUACAUAUUUAAUAUGUUGUUUUCUAUAUUCAAACCGUUCAUUAACGAAAAGUUGAGAAAUAGGAUAUACUUUCAUGGCGAUAAUAAAACUUCACUCAUCGAGCAUAUCGAUGCAAAAUUUGUCCCUACACAGUAUGGAGGUGAUAUGGUACUUGAAACAAACUACGGAAUGGAAAUACACAAACUUCUUUACCAAUAUGAAUGGAAAAUACAAGAGGCCAACACCUACAGGAUUAUAAAUGAUAAAAAACAGUCCAAAAAAUAAUCCGUUUAUUAUAACAAUAAAACAAAUAAAAUAAUUUAAGGGUAUUGUGUGUGCUCAGUUUGUAUUGAAAGAAUUGUGUUUAAUUAAACCAUUGUACUUGAAAUAAAGAUGUAAAAGGACAGGCAGACAUUUGUAAUUUCUUAAUUCAGUAUAAACAAGAAUGUAAAAACAUGAUGUAAAUAUUAUUUUGCAAAUUGUUACUAUUUAUGAAGACUAUUUAUGCAGUGUAGUGAAUUAUUGUUUAUAAAAGGUGUACAUAGCUGUUUAGUAAUUUAAAUAAAGCUUUAGAAAAAUAAA